UACCUCCCCCACCCCAGGCCCUGUGGUUGCAAAGAUGCUCUAACAGGAAGCGGGUUUGAGAAGCUGCACAGCUUCCUGCCCCCCAGGGCUGAGAAGGGCGAGUGCCAGGCCAGGCCACGAGACACAGCUUCUUGCCAGUGUCCUGGCAGCUUCCUCUUCCACAGCUACUUCCGUGUGGCCGGAGCCCCAGAGGCAGGAGCUGUGGCCUGUUGCCCAGGCCACCCUCCACCCCCAGUUCAGAGCCCUGCCCCCCCAGGCCAGGCCCAGCCCAGAGGCUGGUGUGGGAUCCCAUGGGGGACUGGUAGGGCAAAGGUCUUGGGGGACAGAGGUGGCUGGGCCAGAGCCUUGGGGCUCCGGCCAUGAAGUCUCGGCAGAAAGGAAAGAAGAAAGGCAGCUCGAAGGAGCGGGUGUUUGGGUGUGACCUGCAGGAGCACCUGCAGCAUGCAGGCCAGGAGGUGCCCCAGGUGUUACGGAGCUGUGCCGAGUUUGUGGAAGAAUAUGGAGUGGUGGAUGGGAUCUACCGUCUCUCAGGGGUCUCUUCCAACAUCCAGAAGCUCCGGCAGGAGUUUGAGGCAGAGCGGAAACCAGACCUGCGACGAGAUGUUUACCUGCAGGACAUUCACUGUGUCUCCUCCCUGUGCAAAGCCUACUUCAGAGAACUGCCGGAUCCCCUGCUCACUUACCGGCUCUAUGACAAGUUUGCUGAGGCCGUAGCAGUGCAACUGGAGCCUGAGCGCUUGGUCAAGAUCCUAGAGGUGCUUCAAGAACUCCCUGUGCCAAACUACAGGACCCUGGAGUUCCUCAUGCAGCACUUGGUGCACAUGGCCUCUUUCAGUGCCCAGACCAACAUGCACGCCCGCAACCUGGCCAUCGUGUGGGCCCCCAACCUGCUGAGGUCUAAGGACAUAGAGGCCUCAGGCUUCAACGGGACAGCAGCCUUCAUGGAGGUGCGUGUGCAGUCCAUCGUGGUCGAGUUCAUCCUCACACAUGUAGACCAGCUCUUCGGGGGCGCUGCUCUCUCUGGUGGUGAGAUGGAGAGUGGGUGGCGACCACUUCUAGGGGCCCGGGCGUCAGGUAGCCCUGAGGACCUUAUGCCCAGGUCCCUGCCCUACCACCUGCCUAGCAUCUUGCAGGCUGGCGAUGGACCCCCCCAGAUGCGGCCCUACCACACUAUCAUUGAAAUUGCAGAGCACAAGAGGAAGGGGUCUUUGAAGGUCCGGAAGUGGAGAUCUAUCUUCAAUCUGGGUCGCUCUGGCCAUGAGACCAAGCGUAAACUUACACGGGGGGCUGAGGACAGGGAGGACAAAUCCGGUAAGGGGACUCUGCGGCCAGCCAAGAGCAUGGACUCACUGAGCGCUGCAGCCGGGGCCAGUGAUGAGCCAGAGGGGCUGGUGGGACCCAGUAGUCCCCGGCCCAACCCGCUGCUGCCAGGGAGCUUGGAGAAUGAUUCCAUGGAGGCAGCAGAGGGUGAACAGGAGCCUGAGACAGAGGCACUGGGAAGCACGAACUCUGAGCCGGGCACACCGCGAGUUGGGCGGUCAGCAGUCCGCGCUGGGGGCAGCAGCCGUGCCGAGCGCUGUGCUGGUGUCCACAUCUCAGACCCCUACAAUGUCAACCUCCCACUACACAUCACCUCAAUCCUCAGUGUGCCCCCAAACAUCAUCUCUAAUGUCUCCUUGGCCAGGCUCACCCGUGGCCUUGAGUGCCCUGCCCUACAGCCCCGACCAAACCCUGCCUCUGGCCCUGGUCCUGGCCCUGGCCCCCCAGAUGAGAAGUUGGAGGCAAGUCCAGACCCAGCUCCUCUGGCUGACUCGGGCCCAGCGGAUGUUGUACCUGCCCUGGAGGACUGCCUGUCCCAGGAGGUGCAGGAUUCCUUCUCCUUCCUAGAGGACUCAAGCAGCUCAGAGCCCGAGUGGGUGGGGGUGGAGGACGGGGAGGUGGCCGAGGCAGGAACGGCAGGAGCAGCCUUCUCCCCUGGGGAGGACGACCCUGGGAUGGGCUACCUGGAGGAGCUCCUGGGAGUUGGGCCUCAGGUGGAGGAGUUCUCUGUGGAGCCGCCCCUGGAUGACCUGUCUCUGGAAGAGGCGCAGUUUGUCCUGGCUCCCAGCUGCUGUUCUCUGGACUCUGCUGGUCCCGGGCCUGAAGCAGAGGAAGAAAGUGGGGAGGAAGUCUUCCUGAGUGCCUAUGAUGACCUGAGUCCCCUCCUGGGGCCCAAACCCCCAACCUGGGAGGGCCCGGGGAGUCUGGAGGAAGACGCGGCCGGGUGUGUAAGACAGGAGGCUCCGGGACAGGCUGAGGAAGAGCAGGCGUGCCGGGAAGUUGAGGAGGACAAGGAGGCUGAGCCUGGAGGCAGAUGGGACGGGAGGGAGGAGGCUGGAGGGAACCCAGAGGGUGGGGUGGAGGCUGGAGAAGCAGGCGAAGGAGGAGGAGAGGCUGGGGGAAGCCAGGACACAAUGGUCGGUUUGACAGAAGGUAGUGGGGAAGGGACAGAGGCCAAGGAGGACCAGCGUGCGGAGGACGUGAACGGUGUAGAGGAACCAGGAGGGGAGCAGGACAGAGACAAGGAGAAGGAGGGAAAGACUGAGAGAGAGCAAGAGGCUGAGGAAGGUGAGGAAGACCAGGGAGAAGCGGGAAGGGACCCAGAGCAUGGCGCCCAGGAAAACCAAGUUGCUGAGGAGGGCUGGGAAGUUGCACCCAAACAAGAGGCUGAAGGAGGCAGAGAGGAGGACGACAAAGGACAAAGGGGGAUUGGGGACCAAGAGGCAGGAGAAGACCAAGGAGAUGGUGAAGACGGCAGAAGCCCAGAAGCAGCAGCUGAGGAAGCAGCGGGGGAGGUCAGCCAGGAGCCGGAGAGUGGGGACGGAGAGGCUGCGGGGGACUACUGGGCUGGAGGGGACCAUUUAGGAGAGGGCUCCCUCCCUGAAGGGUCACCUGUAGAGUCCCUGGAAGUUGACAGUGCCAAAGAGAGCAGUGCCCAGUCCUCUGAGACAGAACAGGCAGCACCGCCGCCACCCAGGCCAGAGGGCAUGGAGCCUGAGGGGCAGCCCAGUCCAGAGGGUUGCAACCUGUGCCUGUGUCCCCUUGGCUCAGCUGGUGGUGUGGGCAUGCGCUUGGCUUCCACCCUGGUUCAGGUCCAACAGGUUCGCUCUGUGCCUGUGGUGCCCCCCAAACCGCAGUUUGCCAAGAUGCCCAGUGCAAUGUGUAGCAAGAUCCAUGUGGCACCUGCAAACCCCUGCCCGAGGCCUGGCCGGCUUGAUGGGACUCCUGGGGAAAGGGCUUGGGGGUCCCGAGCCUCCCGCUCCUCUUGGAGGAAUGGAGGCAGUCUUUCCUUCGAUGCUGCUGUGGCCCUGGCCCGGGACCGCCAGAGGACUGAGGCUCAGGGAGUUCGGCGGACCCAGACCUGCACUGGGGGUGGGGACUGCAGCCUCAUCCCCAGAACCUACCCCUGUACUGUGACCUCUGCUUAUUCUCCUCGGCCCCUUAGCUGUCUGGAGCUCCCAUCUGUGGGUGCAGAAGCGUCUGGACCACGGAGUCGGCUUAGUUUGCCCCCCAGGGAACCCCAGCUCCCUGACCCCCUUUCAUCCCCCCAGCGCCGAUCAUAUGCAUUUGAAACACAGGCUAACCCUGGGAAAGGUGAGGGACUGUGAUUAGAAGCACCGGGCAAAGGGGCCAGUGAGUUGUCUUGAAUCUCUGGGGUCCUGGACUGGCUGUCUCCUCUGCUACCUGAGCAGCUGCACUGCCCAACUCCAUAGACUGUGGCCCUCCAGGUUUUUUUUUUAGACUGUGGGAGGCACUGCCUCAAUCGGUUUACCUGAGCUUGUCUCAGACACAAAGCACUUAUCCCCUGGGAGAUUCCCAAGUAUGUCACCGAGAUCCUGAGUGGGAUCAUCGGCCAAAGGAAACAAAAUGUAGGCAGAAAACCCAGAGGCUUCUCCAAGGGGAGAAUGAAGGGGGAACUCCAGCCAAGAGCCUGUCCUUUGAGGUUGUGAACUUUUCCUCAUGGAAGCCCAGGGUGGAGGCAGAGAGGACGGGGCCAGAUCAGAGUCUGUCCCACACACACAGUCCUGGAGUUGCCCAUCCUUGUUCUGUGCUAGAGCUCUUGGGUAUCUCCGGACUCUCUCAGAUCCAGAUUAGGAGGAACAUGUCCAGAAAGCUCUUUGAAAACCUCAUAUUUGUUGGAGAGACUGGCCCCCUUUCCAGCUAACCCACCCUCUGUCUCUGUCACAUUAAGGAAGAGAGGUCUUGCACAGAUCUCUUCGGCCUCUCCUUUUUACUUGGGGAUAGCUUCCUCCUAUUUUGGGGAAGGUAAAUGGCAUCACUCAGGCCCUGGGGCUGCGUCUCCAGAGAGGCUGGGGCCCCAGGUCCCAUUCUUGUAAGGAGCCAUGUCUCAAAAUAAAAGUAUUUUUGCAUGGAAA